UUCCCAGUGUUUGCAUACCAAGGACAAGGAGAAGCACAGCCUUGUAGGCAAGAAAGCAAGCCAGUAGCAGAACAUAUUUGAAUCACAUAGAAGCAAGACCUAGUUCUUAGAGGUUCCGCGACAAUGCGACAAAUGACGACCAUUUCGGUUGGCAUUGUUGUGCUUGCCGCACUUGUUUUGGCAUCCGAGGGUCGCAUUGCCCGGAAGGACUUAGGCCUAGACCUUGGUGGUGUAGGCUUCAAGACCGGUACAGGUGUUAAUAUAGGGGGUAACAUUGGCAUAGGUGGUGCUAUUGGUGGUGCCAUUGGUGGUGCCGGCUCUGCAUCAGGGUCUGGUUCUGCGUCUGGAUCAGGGCCGGGAUCAGCCUCUGGUUCGGGGUCUGGCUCGGGAUCUGGUUCGGGCGCUGCAUCAUCAGCGGGUUCGGGUGCAGUUUCUGGUGGGGGGUCUUAUGCUGGGUCUGGUGCUGGCUCAGGUUCAGGUGGAGCCUCUGCCUCUGGUGCUGGUUCAGGCUCUGGUGGAGCUUCUGGCUCUGGCGCUGGUUCAGGUGCAGGCUCAGGCUCUGGUGCUGGUUCAGGUGCAGGCUCAGGCUCAGGUGGAGCCUCUGGCUCUGGUGCUGGUUCAGGCUCGGGUGGAGCCUAUGGUGGAGCUUCUGGCUCUGGUGCCGGUUCAGGCUCGGGUGGAGGCUCUGGCUCAGGUGCUGGUUCGGGGUCCGGUUAUGGUCAGGGGCAGGGAAAAGGCGAAGGCGAGGGCCAAGGAUCUGGAUAUGGACAGGGUUCCGGCUCGGGCCAUGGACAAGGUUCAGGCUCUGGUUCGGGUUAUGGUGAGGGACAUGGUGAAGGUUAUGGUCAAGGACGUGGUGCGGGAUCAGGAUAUGGUGAGGGCCAUGGUGAAGGUUAUGGUCAAGGAAGUGGUGCCGGGCAAGGAUCUGGAUAUGGUGAGGGUCAUGGCGAAGGUUAUGGUCAAGGUAGUGGUGCCGGGCAAGGAUCCGGAUACGGUGAGGGCCAUGGCGAAGGUUAUGGUCAAGGAAGUGGUGUCGGGCAAGGAUCUGGAUAUGGCGAAGGUCAUGGCCAAGGCUCUGGUUCAGGCUCAGGCUAUGGUGAAGGCUCUGGUAGUGGUUAUGGAAAUGGGGCUGGUUCGGGCUACGGUGAAGGUCAUGGAUAUGGGUAUGGAUCUGGACAUGGCAAAUGAUUAAGACGUGGACUACUGCAGUAUUAAUAAUGUAUGGUUGUCUCAAGCUUCAUAUUUACACUUGGACAUCAUCUAUGUGUGUGUGGCUUCGAUUCUAAGGAGCUGAGUCUAACUAAAUUGGUGGAGGGUCAAAUGUAUAAUCCUGCCAUCUAGGUGCAAGCCUUUGACCCGAACUUUAGAGUGUAUGUUCCACCCGUUGUAUUAAUAGUACAUGUAGGUUCUCCUAUAUAUACUUUAAUAUGUACUUA